AGCGCAAGCGUCCAAAACCUCGUAUAUAAAAUUUUACACAAACUUAGUUUAAUACUCCAUUAUAGGUGCCAACAAUGGCGAUUAGAGCUACCCCAUCUGUCUCCAUAUAGUACCAAAAGCCGGCCGUCUACCGCCCUAUUCCGCUAUUCCUUUCCUCUCCCUCUCUUUCGUCCCUUCUAUUCUCCUCCUUCAGGAGAGGCUUUCUUUCGUUUAGUUGGAUAAAUUUUUUUUUGUUGUUGCUUUUUUCAAGUACGGAGGGAUCAAGGAUAAUAGUGAUUAGUUUUGGUCUGGUGGGAAACACUGAUCAUGGACGGGCGGUGCAGCACCGAGCUAUCACGUAAUUCCGAGCCUGAGGAGGUUGGAAUAGCGCCCGAGAAUAACGCCCCGAGCCCGCUCGGCGACCCGAAAGCCGCCCAGCCCAUCUCCCCCUCCGCCAAGAGGAGCCGGCGGUCGGUCCAGAAGCGAGUGGUAUCGGUACCCAUCCCCGGCGACGGCGACGGAUCGCGGCCCAACGGCGGCAGCGGUGGCGGCGAGGGAGCUCCGCGGACCGAUUCGUGGGCCUGGAGAAAGUACGGCCAGAAGCCGAUCAAGGGCUCCCCUUACCCGCGGGGCUACUAUAGAUGCAGCAGCUCGAAGGGGUGCCCGGCGAGGAAGCAGGUGGAGCGGAGCCGAGUGGACCCCACCAUGCUCGUCGUCACCUACUCCUUCGACCACAACCACCCCGGGCCACUCCCCAAGAACCACCGGCACCCCAAGCCUUGGCCGCCGCCGCCGCUGGCGGCACCGCCCGUCGAGGACCCCUCACCGAUCCACGAGAGCACGCCCGAAUCCAUCGUUCUGGAUGAAAAGUUCUCCAAUCUGAUCGGAGAAGAGCCGUCCCUCACGAUCCACGACGAGAUCCGGUGGUUCUCAGACGUAGGAUCGCCGUCCUCCACCUCGCCCCUGGCGGCCGCGGAGAAUCUGCCUUUUGGCUCGAUCUUCGCCGGCGCCGCGGUGGAUGGGGAAGAGAGAGAGCUGCCGGAGGAGUGCGGCGGCGAAGAGAUGGUGGAUGGGGAGGAGGACGGGACGUUCGCUGGGCUCGGGGAGCUGCCGGAGUGCGCGGUGGUGUUCCGGAGAGAGAGGUCGCGGCUGGCGCCGGCAUCGUGGUGAGGGAGCACCGGAUGAAUCGGAGGCGGCGGCGAUCAAGGUGGGAGAGGUUUGACUGACGAUGACGGCGUGGCGUGCGCCGUACGAUUAUUGCCUAAUUUUUCUCGUUAUUUUCGCGCUUACAUAGUUUCCUUUUCUUUUCCGUUCAUGAUUUCAAUAAUUUUUUUUUUUUUCCAACGGGAGCUUAAGAAAAAUAUAAAGAUAAAGAUUGGGGUUUCGUCGUUUCUUUGUGUUUGUUUUGGAUGGCAUGGGAAAAUGCUCCGCCCGCCGGCCCAUCAUCGUCAUGCGUGUGCGAAGCCGAUGGGUGGCGCAGCAGCCCCAUGUGCGUCACGUGUCUCUACUUUACCGCAUGUAGGCCAUAGGACUUGAAUUGUUUGCUUGCUUCAAUUGGUAAUUAUUCUCAUUUUCAAUAAGAAAAUGCUUUGUUCGCUUGGAUCCUAAA